AUGAGAAAACAUAAUUCUGAUGAUUAAAUACAUAUCAAAUUAAUAGAAGACAAUGACCAAUUAACCUUGAUCUCAGAAUUUGAUGAAGACCAUAAAUAAUACUAUUUUCUUAGAAAUUCAAUUUAUUACACAGAAAAACUUUUAUAAUUGUUAAUCACAAUUGCAAAAACAAAAAAAAAUAAUUUAAUUAAAGAUAUUCAAAAUUUGUUUUCUAAAUAAUAAUAACACAUAAGAUAAUACCUGUCUUAAUUUAAACAACUUAAAAAUCAAAUUUUAAGUAAAGAAGAGUUAAUAUAAAAUUAUGAAAAAGUAAAAUCUGAGUUCAAAUCAUAAAGUUGUAAAGCAUUCUCUAUUUAUUAAACAUAAGAUGAAUAAUUAUCAAGCAAUAACACUGAAUAAUUAUAUAAAGAAUCCUAAUAAUAAGAUUUUUGGAGCAUAAAUGAAAAUAUAAACACAAAUCAAGAAAAUCUUAUAAAUUAGAGUGAUAAUUCAUUUAAAAUAUAUUCAGAUCUAGAGUAAAACUAAAUUUAAAUAUCUUUUCCUAAAAGAGUAUCAUAAGAUUAUCAAAAGGAUUUAUUAAAAAAGUUAGACGAAAUAGCUAAUAAUCAUUAAUAUUAGAUUAUAUAAUUGAAAUGA